CAAACACAGCUCACGUACGAAGGGAGCUACAAGGGAUGGCGCCCAUGAAGGUGUACGGGUGGGCGGUGUCGCCAUGGAUGGCCCGGGUCCUCGUCUGCUUGGAGGAGGCCGGCGCCGAGUACGAGAUCGUGCCCAUGAGCAGGAGCGGCGGCGAUCACCGGCAGCCGGACCACCUCGCCAGAAACCCCUUCGGUGAGAUCCCGGUGUUGGAGGAUGGCGACUUGACGCUUUACCAAUCUCGUGGCGUCGCAAGGUACAUUCUUCGUAAGUGCAAACCCGAGCUUCUGCGAGCAGGCAACCUCGCCGAGUCGGCGAUGGUGGAUGUAUGGCUCGACGUGGAAGCCCUCCAGCUCGAGCCUAUAGUGCGGCCAAUUGUGGCUAACUGCAUCCUCUACCCGCUCGAAGGGCGCUACCGCGACCAAAAGAUCGUUGAGGAAAAAAUCGAGAAGUUGAAGAAGCUGUUGGAGGUCUACGAGUCAAGGUUAUCCUGCAGCAAGUAUUUGGCCGGGGAUUUUAUCAGCCUCGCCGACCUUAGCCAUUUCUCCUUCAUGCGCUACUUCAUGGCGACGGAGUAUGCAGACCAGCUCGACACUUACCCACACGUCAAGGCAUGGUGGGCCGCGUUGCUUGCAAGGCCUUCGGUCAAGAAGGUGAUGGCUGGCAUGCCUCCCGAUUUUGGGUUUGGGAGUGGGAACAUACCAUAAUAAGGCCUUCUUGUGUAAGAGUAUAUUAUUGCAAUGACUAUUUGUUUAGACAAAAAGGCGGGCAUAAUUUCAAAUCACUUAUACAAUAAAUUUAUCAUAUACAUCAGCAGAGUGCUUAUCGUAAUCACAUCCAAUCCUAAAAAAAACAUAUCCAGUAACUAAAUUGUCCACGUAAUGUCAGUUGUAUGACUGGUAAUACAUUAUAAUUUCGUGCAA